CACAAGCGGUCCAGCCCAUGGAAAAAUCACACUUCUGAAAGGGAGAAAAGAAAAAGCUUAGGUUCCCAGCCGCUGCCACCAAGCCAGAGAAAUUGCCGCCGCCGUCUGCGUCUCGCCGUCGGUCAUCCCUUGCGGCCUCGCCAAUUCCCGUCGUUCUCCGCCAGGAACUAGCUGUUCCAGUGCCAGCAGGCCCGCCACGAGGCACCACCGCACGUGGUGGAACGUCCGGCAAGUCGCCCCAAGCCCAAAAUCUCAGUCGUUUCCGGUAGCCACUGACCGCUGCUGGGUCACCGAACUCUCGUUCAGCUCAACUAUCUGCAGGAAUAGUCUGACCAAAGAAAAGUGAAGCAGCUACCGCCAAAAAAUUCCAUUCCACAUAACUCCUUCCCCUUGUUCCAAUCAGAAGGAGCAAAAAUCUAAGCAAUGGCGUACCAAGGUGGGAGUUUGAAAUCCACGUCGAUCAAUGGCGUCAAGAUGUAUAUGGUUGCUGGCCAAAACCGUUCCCUAGCUACAUGGAUUCCACCUAAGAAGCUUAGGGCCCUUCGCAAAGAUCCAAAUUAUUUGCAAAGACUGGAUAUAAUCCAUGAUCUGAGAUUCGAAACAGCAACAACUAAGAUUAAGGCGACUCCUGAUGGGGAGUAUCUUAUUGCAUCAGGUAUUUAUCCCCCACAAAUUAAAGUAUAUGAGUUGCGGGAACUGUCAAUGAAGUUUGAGAGGCAUUUGAUUUCAGAGAUUGUUAAUUUUGAGGUCCUGAACGAUGACUACUCAAAAAUAGCUUUUCUUUGUUCUGAUCGCUCAGUUUGUCUCCAUGCAAAAUAUGGAAGUCACUACAGUUUACGUAUUCCCAGGAUGGGAAGGGAUAUUGCUUAUGAUUGCUGGUCAUGUGAUUUGAUGUGUGCUGCUUCAUCGCCAGAAUUGUACAGAAUAAAUUUAGAACAGGGUCGUUUUCUUACCUCAUUAUGCACUCAGUCUCCGGGAUUAAAUGUUGUUUCUCGAAGUAAGAUCCAUGGAUUAAUAGCUUGUGGAGGGGACGACGGUGCAGUAGAAUGCUUUGACUUGAGAACAAGAUCUUCAGUUGGAAGGAUAAAUGCCGCCGCUGCUGCUGGUGAUCUCGACCAGGAGGUCACCGCGAUAGAGUUUGAUGGGGAUGGAGGUUACCUAAUGGCAGCAGGAAGUAGUGGCGGAAAGGUUAUGAUUUAUGAUCUACGUUCAUCACAUCCAGUUCGAGUGAAGGAUCACAUGUACGGAAGCCCAAUACUGAAUAUUAAGUGGCACAAGACACUUAACACCGAGCGGUCAAAGCUAAUAACCGCAGACCACCACGUGGUUAGGGUGUGGGACCCUGAUACAGGAGAAGGCAUGACAAGCAUUGAACCAACAGGCAGCAGAAUAAAUGAUAUAUGUGUAUUUAGUGGCACUGGGCUAAUACUGGUAGCACUAGACUCCAGUCAAGUACCUUCUUAUUUCAUACCUGCACUAGGACCUGCUCCUAAAUGGUGUUCUUACUUAGAAAAUUUAACGGAAGAGAUGGAAGAGGGUGCACAAACAACUAUUUAUGACGAUUUCAAAUUUUUGACAAAAGAAGAUCUUGAUAGGUUAAAUUUGACUCAUCUGAUAGGAACAAACCUCUUAAGAGCCUAUAUGCAUGGAUAUUUUAUUGAUUACCGUCUGUAUACAAAGGCAAAAUCUCUUGCAGAUCCAUUUAUGUAUGAUGAUUAUAUGGAGCAAAGGAAACAGGAAAAACUAGAUAAAGUUCUUCAAUCCCGUAUUACGAUCAAGAGGAAACUCCCCAAAGUUAAUAAGGCAUUUGCGUCUCAACUUCUUGAAAAUGAAGAAGCUGAAAAAGCAAAGGAUGUUGAUGGCACAGAUGCCAAAAAAUCAUCAAAGAAGAAGAAGGGACCAACCAGCAGUGAAAUCUUUGAAGAUCCACGGUUUUCAGCUAUGUUUGAAAAUAAGGAUUUUGAAAUUGAUGAACAAUCUCAAGAGUACCGAGCAUUGCACCCUGUUGCAUCUGCAAAGCAAGCUUCUUUGUUGGAGGAACAUUUCAUGCCUGUUAUGGAAGGUGAGGAGGAGCCAAGUGACUCUGAUGAACAUGCAGCUGCUUCAUCUUCUGAUGAUGACCACGAGAAUAGAAAGAAAGUUCCAAGACUGUAUGCUGUGAAGGAUGAGAGACAUGCGGAGGCAUUCUGGAACAGUAAAUCUCUUGCGGAGGAGGACGCCCUACCGUUGGGAGAACGGGUGGCGGCACUGAAUGCUAAAAACAAUCGGGAAGGCAUUGAUGUGAAGGUGGGACCCGGGGGAUCGCGGGAAAUAUCUUUCACAGCCAAAAAAACCUCAAGAAAGUACCAGGAUGAUGAUGAUGAUGAUGCACAGCCCGCGAAGAGAAGAGGGAUCCAGUCAUUGAAACUGAAGAAUAGCGGUCCGGCCUCUGGGUUCAGAGGCCGUGGCAGAGGAGGGGGCAGAUUCGGGAUGGGCAGAGGAGGGAGAGGACGAGGCGGGGGGCGUGGCCGUGGUCGUGGCCGACAUUGAAAGUUCCACACACAUAUAUAUAGUAAGUUUCCCUCUAUCAUCACCCUUCAAAUACGAGCCAAUUUAAUACUCUCUUCGUUUCAAUAUAUUCGUCUAGUUUGAUUCUUUCGAGACAAAUUUGGAAAACUUGAAUCAUCAAUUACAAAACCGUUGCAUUGUAUAUUACUACAAUGAAGAACUUUUUGAUAGAUUUUGCAAGAUAAAUAUAAUGAGAUCUUGUACUAAUAUGAAAUCUUUUUUUAACGGAAUAUGCAAUCUAAUAUGUAGUCUAAUUUUUAUUCAAUUGAUGAUCAAAAGUUAUCUGGUUUGACUCAAACAAGUCAAAGAAGACGAACAUUUUGGGAUGAAGGUGGUUGCUGUCAACGGGAAGCAAUGUUUUUUUUGAGAAUCAUUUUAUGGUGUUCUGUUUUUACCCCUAGCUCAUAGUCUUUUGUAGAAGAUAAAAUUUUCUCUUUUAACUUGUCACCAAUGCAUGUAUCCAAACCACAGAAAAGGCUACCUGCAAAGUUUUGAG